UAUCUUUUCUUCUGCAACAAAUUCCUUAUCCUCUCCCGUUUUCAUCAUUUUCAAGGGCCAACCAAGAAACCCCAGGGUGAAAAUGGCUAUACCGAUACCAAUGGCCACCGGUUGUAGAAGUAGUAGUAGGUGGAGCAUGGUGUCCUUGAAGUCAGCUCUGCCGCCGCUCACUUCCGCUGCUUCCUCCAUUAAGUUACCAUGUCGCCACCGUACUCCUCCUCGAAUCAGAUCUCCGCAGCUUGUUCGUUCUUUCUCUUCCCUCUCCCUUGUUAAUCCUCUCCAUUCCCUCGGCUUCUCUGACAUGUCCAGCUUUGGGGAAAAUUUCACUAUUAUUGAUAAUGGUUGUCGAUUCUACGCAAUGAGGCAUGGCAGACGAGUCCCUAAACUCAACAGACCUCCUGACCAGCGACGCGCACUCCUUCGGGGCCUCACAACUCAGCUCCUUAAACACGGUAGGAUCAAAACCACCAGGGCUCGAGCAAGUGCCGUGCGCAAGUACAUUGACAAAAUGAUCACGUUGGCGAAAGACGGUUCGCUUCACAAACGAAGACAAGCGCUUGGGUUCAUUUACGAGAAACAGAUUGUGCACGCACUCUUCGCGGAGGUACCAGACAGGUACGGUGAUAGAAAUGGUGGAUACACAAGAAUCAUUCGAACCCUGCCCAGGCGAGGAGACAAUGCACCAAUGGCCUACAUUGAACUUGUAUAGAUAAGUUCCACGGCUGAGUAUCCUUGCAUGAUUCUUGGAAUCAUGUCGUCUGUUUUGAUUGCUACAUUAGUGCAGCUGAACAUUGUUUCUCUUAAUUUCUUCAAGCGUUUACCUUUAUCAA